AUGCAGGGGCUCAACCAAAGGAGCAAACAGAAAAAGCUUACCGCCCAACCCCCCGAAGGGAGGUGGACGGCUACGAAAACCCCGAAAAUCCGUGGUGAUGGAGGCGUAAACCAGUCAGCCACGCGCCCCGGGGAACGGGCGCUCCCCGGGGCUGGUAGCAUGUGA